GGGGCAGUUCUGUACAGAGGGAGGCUCCCGUUGUGUGUGUGGGCGCUGGGGGAAGGGGGAGUUGUAGUUUAGUGCAUAGUAUAGUCACAGUGCAUAAGUGCGGCACUUGGCUGAACUACACCCUGUCCCAGCGGUGCCCUCUGUGCACUCCUCUCCCUUGUCAGAGACACUUUUCUGAGGGAAUCUCGGCGCGGGGAAUUACACAGGUUCAUCUUCCUUUAAUGGGCGUCGCUUGGACUGACUGAGGGGAAAGUACACGCUCUAUCGAGGAGAGACGAGGAAUUAGAAAUAAUUGCUGUUUACGGCAUCACUGAGGGGGGUGGACAUGUAGUGACCCAAUAACAGUGGGAGAGGGAAUAAGCAUGGGCACCAAACAAUAACGAGUAUGGAGUGGAAUUGGUCUGACAUUUAGGGAAACACGGGCACGGGAAAGCGACAGGAAAGGUUUGGAUUCGUACUUCUCGCCAGUGGGGAAGGAUUAACUGGAAUACAAAACCCAGAGGGCAAAGUGGCGCAAGGCUGAGUCGCAACAGUGUGAGAACAGAGGGAAAGGAUUGUGUACAAACAAACUGGUCCAUAUCAUGGGUACUUUGCACAUCUGUGCGGGUCUGAGGGCUUACCAUCUGUUCCUGCUAAACUGUGCCAUCCUGUGCGCCUGCAGCCAGUUGCUUCAACAACCCCAAUGUGACCCUGAGAAGGAGUAUGAAUCAAAUGGGCACUGUUGCAGUAAAUGUCGACCAGGUUUUUCCAUGACAUCUAAAUGCACAGCUUCUAAGAACACCACCUGCAUCCCAUGUGGACCUAAUGAGUACAUGCCAUCCUGGAAUGAUGAUUACAAAUGCUUUUCUCAUCAGAUAUGCGAUUCAGGCAAAGCUCUGAAGGUGGCAUUUAAUGGAAACCGCACUUCUCCCAGAAAGUGUAUUUGUGAGGAAGGAUACCAUUUUAGUGACGAUUAUGAAUUCUGUAACAAAAAUACCAAAUGUGCACUUGGUUAUGUGGUGGUUUACCCAGUUCAGUUAAAUGCAGACACCAAAUGUAAAGCCUGCCCAGUAGGAUAUUUCUCAAAUUCCUCUUCUUUGAAUGAGUCAUGCCAACCAUGGACCAACUGUUCAAAGAGUGGUCUUUUUGAGAGUAAGCCUGGAUCUAACCAUUCUGAUGUUGUAUGUGAUCACCUCAACACUAAUUGGCAGAACGUUGUCAUUUUCAUUGUUUUAUCCUUGGUGGUUGCCUUAAUUGUAUUCACGCCCAUCUACUUUCUGUGCUGUACGAAUCACCUGAAAGAUCUAAAAGAAAAUCUGGAGCAGUGGCUGAAUGUUUUAUGCCAUCGGUUUCAAGAAACGGAGAAAAAAUCCCCAUACAAUGUCAACAUGAGAACAAAUAAUUAUGGGCAAGGACACCAGAAUUCUACAUCGUAUGUAGUUGUUUCCAUCAAGACUGAUUGUGCUGAGGUCCAUGAAGAUCCUAAGCAGCAAAGUGGUACUAUAGAGACAAGCUGUGUAAGAGAACACGAGGUGAAACAAAGAAGAAGUGGCCCUAUAGAAAACGAAUACCUAGAAAGAAAGACUGUGAAUGCUAUGGAGACAGGGCAACUUAUCGAUGGAUCAGCAUGUGUGUCUGAUACAGAAGACAACUCAGCGGAGAGUGAGACCUUCAGUUAUUUUCCCACUGGCCCUGAUCAUCCUCUGCAUUUACAGCAAGAUGCUUGUGGACAGUCUGCUAGAGAGCUUACUGGGAAACAGACUAACAGUAAUUAUGUUAAUUGCAGCAUAACAGAACCCACUUAUAGUAUGAAUGGAUAUUGUCCACUAUUAUUUUCCUGGCAAACAAAUGAUUCACCAAGUAUGGCUUCGUCUGAGGAGACAGCUUCUCAAAGCAGUGGAUGCAGUGGUGGGAGUACUCCUACAUCAGAAACACCACCGUUAUCUGGACAAGUUACAGGGAAUAAUAACACAACUGUCAUUUCAAAUGGUUCAGUAAUGAACAUAAAAGCUGAUGUACUUUUAUUGGUCCUAAGCCCAACUUCCCAAGAUGCACCUACAGUGCCUGAUAGCAACGAUGGAAAUAUGGGGAAGCCGGUGCAAGAGGAAAAUCAAUGCCAUUUUGACAGUUUUGUUGCAAACACGGAAAAUCAUGCAGACAAAUACACACAAUAUUCAGAGGAACUUUCAUAUUUAUCUCAAGAUACAGAAGCCUGGACAUCUAUCACAGACUUUAUACAAGGCAGUGGUAGUUCACCUAUUUUAAGUCAAGAACUAAAUAACAUUCCUCCGUGCCAAAUUUUUCACCUUUCGCCGGUGCAAGAGGAAGGGAAACCUGAAUAAACUCACUGAGGAGCAGGAUCUCUAUACAAUUGUUAUGUCAUAAAUACAAGGAGAUUUGUCAGUUGGGCCUACCACACACUCCCAGUUCAUCCAUUCCAUCAUCCUGUACAAGGAGCUAAAAGGAAUUUUUUGUUGUACUGAAAGAAGACAUUUUCCUAAUCUUUGAACUUGGAUUUGAAAAACAUUUUUCAUUUUAGAUUUAAAUACAUUUUUUGCUAUGGUGAAAUGUUUUCACAGAGACUGGCUUCAGUGUUGUGAGGCUUGCAUUGUGCACUGGGAUGACUGCUGGUUUAUAUGAGGUGUUGUUAUGGAUCAUCUGGGAAUGUUGUUCAGAUUUUUUAGGUUUCUUUUUAAAUAAAUGAACAUUAUAUGCCGUCACAUACUGAACUAGCCUUGGGAAAAAAAGUGGAUGAACCAUAAACAGCACAGUGCUCCUUUUCUUAAAAUGCUGCUGGGUUUUAUUAACAUUUUUUUUGCUUCCAGCAAUGGAAUUUCUGACAAGUUCUUUUACCUUAUGAGGAUAUAAGCAGUAGAAACUUGGAUGCAAUUUGGAAUGAAUUGAAGCUUCGGAUUGUUUACUCUAAUUAGAGCUCAGCUUUGUAAACUGAAUAAUUGAAUUCUUUCCCUUAAAUACAUAAGGCGCUAUUCAAAUUGUAUAAGGUAGUGUGCAAAGUGCAAAAAAUGGAUGCACCUCUGCUCCCGCCUCCCUAAUUGGUCAGCACCUACUGAUGCUGUGCUUUGCAGUUUGCACUGAAUAAGCAGCAAAAUCGACUCCUGUCCUUAAAACAGGGUAUUUAAUAUAUGAGCCCCAUAUCUAUUGAUUUUGAAGGUUAUAGGUAUAAAUUAAUUACUCUUAGGGUGGUGGCACACAGGGAGAUUAGUUGCCCAGCGACAAAUCUUCUCUACUGCGGGCGACUAAUUUGCCCAAAAUGCCUUGCUGCCGGCAAGAAAGCAAAUUGGCGGGAAGGCAUGCUCAUCGCUUCGGUUUUCCAAAGUAGCCCUAAAUUUCCUCGUGGGUCACCUUUGGAAAAUGAAUCGUUUGGGCUGCAUAGGUGGAUUGUGGGGGACUUAGCUCCCAUCCAUUCCCAUCGUAGACAGGUAGAAUUGGUCAUAGUGGAACGGGACUAAAGAAGGGAGGGGGAAUUGAAUAUUUUAAUUAAUGCAACUGCUUAUCUACUUUGACAAUCCGCAAGAAUUAGCAGUUAUUUGUAACCCUCACCUACCACUUAGUUGCUAUUUUUAAUUGUUUGUUUUUAAGGCUACAGUCCUGCACUGCUUAUACUUGCUAAUAGCAGUGAGCCUGUAUACACUUAGUUUGGUUUGCUGUGUGGACAUGGCCCAGUGUAUUAAUUGUUUUUAACUAUAGUGAUUAAAGGUGAAGUUUUAAA